AUGAGCGAACAAGUCAGCACAGCGACGACGACGACCGCUGCGGCCGAUGCCAGUGCCAGUGCCAGUGCCAAUAAUGCUGCUGUGCCUGCCAUUGCGACUGGAGUGGCUGAAGUGACUGGCUCGAGUGGAGCGACUGGCUCGAGUGCUGGGAGUGCUGGGUGGGAGCUCCGGUUUGAUGCGAGCGGAGGGUUUGUUGCAACGCGUCACAAUGCGGCGGCGGCGCCUGCAGACAGCAGCACCACAGGCUCAUCCGCAUCCGCAUCUGCAUCUCAAUCUGCAUCUGCAUCUCAAUCUGCAUCUGCGGCUGGUGAUGGCGGUGAUGGCGGUGAUGGGACUCCAGGGCGGAGCAGCAGCGCUGAUUCAACCAAAGCAAGCAAAGCCGUCAUCUUUGGCCGACGCUCUGCUUCCACUGCGACUGCCACUGCGACUGCUGCUGAUGCGGAUGCAGGCACGAACGCGGAUGCAGGCACGAACGCGGACGCCGACGCGGACGCAGGCACCAAGCAGCUCGCUAUGGACGAGGCGACGCGCAAGCUGGUCGCGCUCUCCAUCCAGUCGCGCAUCGUCACGCACACGUACAAGCCAACCGUGCCCAUCACCAGCAAGGGGAAGCACGCUGAAAUGGUGCUGGCGGAGGACUCGGAGUCGCGCUGGCGGAUGGCCACCCUCCGACGCGCAAUCCUACUCGUCGAUGACAACACUACUGCUGCUGCUGCUGCUGCGGCUACGAGCGCUGGCUCAUCCGGUGCUGGAACUGCCGGGAAUGCUACGCCAAGCCGGGGAAAUGCCAACCGCGGCGCGACGAGUGAUGCCGCCCCGGACGCUGACGCCGAGCUGGAAGCGCAUGCCUGGGAAUCCGAUGAGAGCGACAAUGAGAGCUCCUCCUCGCAGACCAAACGCCAGCAAAAGACGUCAGCUGUUGCCCCACAGCAACAACCCCAACAGCAGCAGGAGUCGGCGGUGCAAGCGGACGACCCGAUCCGAUUCGAGUUUGAGCCUCGCGAUCGUCGUCUCUCGCGCUCCCCGUUGGUGGAUCGCGCCGCCGUCGCCGCCCUGUUUGACGAAUCCAUCCGUCAGCGCUACUUUGCGUCCGUUGUAACUGCACAGCAGUCGCAACAGGCAGCGGCAGCAGCAGCAGCAGCAGCAGCAGCAGCAGCAGCAAUCCCGCGCGCGCUUGCGCCAAUGCCACGGCCAGCACUGCUCGAUGCUGAAGGCCUCACACCGAUUCCCACCACGCUCUUCCGACCGCAAGCGACGACACCACGCGACGUUCACAUUGACUACUCGCGCGACACUCUCACGGUCACCGAGAGCUUUGUGCAGCAGGUGGCCGCCCGUCUCGUUUCCUCCCACCCGGAGAUUCGUCGCAGCGCGUGCAUCCACAUUCGUCGAAUCCUGUCGAUUGAGAACGCGCCUCCGAUCAACACGGUCAUUGACACGGGCUGCGUGCCCGUGUUGGUCUCCCUGCUGGACGUUGCCGACGAUGUCGAUUUGCAGUACGAGGCCGCUUGGGCAAUCACCAACAUUGCGUCUGGCAACUCGACACAAUCCCUGACAGUCGUGGAUGCCAACUGCGUCGAGCGCUUCAUCCGCAUGGUUGCCUCGAGCAGCACGCGGAUUGCAGAUCAAGCCAUCUGGGCGCUUGGCAACAUUGCCGGCGACUCGCCAGCUUUGCGCAAUUACUGUCUCGAGGCCGGGGCGAUGAGACAGCUCGUGCGUGUGCUGUCCCAGCUGGAUUCUCAACGCCUGAGGUCGGACAUUACCUUUGUUCGCAACACUGCAUGGGCCAUUUCGAACUUGUGUCGAGGCAAGCCGCAGCCUCUGCUCGACCACGUGAGAAUCUCCCUCGCCAUCCUCUAUCGUCUUUUGACGGAGCUUCGUGACGAUGAAAGUGUGGUCACUGACUCGCUUUGGGCAAUCUCGUACAUUUGCGAUGGCCCAAACCAGCGCAUCCAAGCGCUGCUUGACUUUCGAGGAGGACCAGAGCGCGCCCCGCUGCUUCCCAUCCUCAUCUCGUUUCUGGGAGGCGCGGGAGUGGCAAACUCCAUCGUGACACCGGCUGUACGCGCAUGUGCCAACAUUGCCACUGGCGACGACAAUCAAACGCAACAGCUCCUCCAGCAUGGUCUUCUCGCACGCUGCGCGGCACUGCUGACCCACCCUCGAACUGAGUUGCGAAAAGAGCUGUGCUGGAUGCUGUCCAAUAUCACCGCUGGCAGCACUCAGCAGAUUCAACAAGUCAUUGACGCCGGUGUCUUGCCGCGCAUCAUUCACAUCAUUGAAAACGAUCGCCAGCAUGUCAAGCACGAGGCCAUCUACGUACUGAGCAACUUGGCUUCUGGUGGCCGUCGCUCCCAACAUCUUCUUGUCCACGAGCUCGGCGGAUUUGCUGCCAUGUUGCACUGCUGCAGAGGAGGCACCAUCGAGCCCCGCUCCAUGCGUGUAGUCUUGGAGGGACUUCGUGCAGUGCUGGAAGCCGAGAGCUCAACUGAAGCUCCCGACGAUCGCAUUGUCACUCGGGCUAUCGCGACCUCGGAUUUACUCGGGAUUCUGGAUGAUUUGCGCCAGCACGAAGGCGAAGUCGGGAAUGAAGCAGGCGACUUGGUUGACCAGUUUUUCAACGAAGCGAUUUCGGAUCGUGAGCAUGUCGAGAUUCGCAGUCCCAACCGAGCAACAGCAAGCAGCGACGAGGCACAGUCGGAAAUUGAAAGUGACGAUGGGUGGGAGGAUGAUUCUGACGACUCUGGCAGUCGCUUUGACCUGUAG